AUGAGUUCUAGAGCCUUGAGAAAACUAGCCGGUAACAACAGUCUAGAAGCAACUUUAGCGAAGCUUACAGGUCAUCCAGAAGACGUUGCUGCGGUUGAAGAUGAGCCAGUGAACAAAAAACCAGUGAACAUUGGCUUCUCUGCUUUAAUGGGUAACGAUGAUGACAGUUCGGACGAGGAAAGUGUAGAAGAGCCAAAAGCGCCAUCACCAGAACCAGAACGCAUUCAAACUUGUACUAAAUCUCAGAAGAAGAAGAACAGAAAGGCUAAAAAAAAUGAGAAGAAGAAGAAGGCGCCAACUGGGGCUCCAGUUGACGCGGCAAAUGAUGCGGGUCAUAGCUCUGAAGAAGAGCUUGAUCGCAUAAUUCGUCAGUUUCAUAAAAAAGACCUUGAGAAGCAACGGGAAAGUCCAUCGAAUGAUCUCGAGUCGGAUUACGACACGGCUAAAGAAAGCGAAAUCGAAGACUCUGAUGAUAAAAUUCAAUCUGGUUUUGGCAUAGACAUUAACAUGGAUCCCGGAUUCACCACAUUUUUCGCAUUUUCAGAAUUCGAGAAAUUCUUUGGUCAUGUAGACAUGAGGAACUUAAAUCCAGACAAUGAAUUUCGUCUUUUGUUCGAUGAUCUUUCGCCAGAAUCCCUCGCAGAUGCAGAUUCGAUGACAUCAACCCAUGUUUCACCGCAAGUGCUCAGACAGCUUGAGAAAAUGAAGAAACAUGUCGGAAAUUGGGGUGGGAAAGAUCGCAGAACGGCCCCUAAUGGCUCCACGGUACGUCGUUUAGCGUUUACCAAGAUUAGAGAUGACUGGCUACCAACUCCUAGAGGUGAAUUAACUUUUCGAAGCUUGACACCCAAGGAGCUGGAGCAGUGGCAAUGUUGGCAACGUCCAGAAGACUGGAAGGACGAAAUCCAAAACACUCUCAAGUUCUGGAAAAAUAGCGGUCUAGAAUUUUACAAAUUUGAUGCUGUCAGUACAGAACUCAAUAAGAAAUCCCUCUCUGAGUUUUUCGUGAAUGUUGUCUUACAACCUGACCAUGAAGCUUUGAUCAAUAUGAUCUCAUCAAGGUAUCCUUAUUGCGUCCCGGCGUUAUUGCAAGUCGCGCUUAUUUUGGUAAGACAAGGCGACAAAACGAAUAGUAAUGGGCUCGUGGAAAGGGCGCUUUUCGUUUUUGACCGUGCGCUAAAAGCGCACGUAAGAUUUAAUGGUCUCAAUUGUCAAUUGCCAUACAUUUUCUUCCAUAACCGGCAAUUUUAUCUGGCAAUCUUCAGAUACAUUCAGAUAAUAUCCCAGAGAGGUGCUGCUUCAACUGCCAGCAAUUGGUGCAAGGUUUUGUGGUCUUUAUCGCCUCUCGAAGAUCCUUUUGGCUGCAGAUAUUUCAUGGAUCAUUAUCUUUUGGCGAACAAAGAGUACAACUACCUUAUCAAACUGAGUAAAUCGCCGCUGAUUGGAACGUAUACGCAGUGGUACACAUUUUCACUUUCUUUGGCAUUUGUUUUGAGCUACCUGAAAUUAGAUCUGGCCACUGAUGCCCGGAAUGAAUUACAAAAAGCCUUCUCUGCGCACACUGCUAGCUUCAUCAGAGUGUUCCUAGAAGUUCUUUUGGGAGACCCUCAAAAAUUGGGCGAUGUGGCCCAAAUUAAGGAAACAAAGGCUCAAGCAUUAGAGUCUCAGGCUUACGUUGUAAGGAUGAAGGCGGCCUGGGGUCCAUCAGAAUUAAGCUUCCUACACAGUGAAUUGGUUCAUAUUUUCGAGAAUUGUCACAAUAAGCACGAAAUUGGUAGCGGAGCUACCAGGGAGCCUGUUGCGGAGAGCAAUUUUUUUGUAUCAGGCAUCUCCGUCAAUCUGCUAAGAUUCGCUAUUUUGUCACAAGAAUCCUCUCUCAUGGCUUGUAUCCCAGAAGAAGUUUGGUCCCACUUUGAAGUCUACGAAUUCGACGUUUUGGCACCAAACCCAAUCGACAGGCAAAGCGAAGAAGUUGUCGAAACGAUCAAGAGCUUCACGGAUGAGAGAACCCUGAUGAUGUCUCAACUCGAAGGCAUGCAAGAUGACGAAUUACUCAAUCAAGUUCAGCAGCUGUCUCUACAACAAUUGCUUGAUGAAACUCAGAUACAGGCCGAUAAUUCUGAAUAA